AUAAAUUGAACGACGAAGCACAUGGAUCACUCAUUUUCGUUUCCGAUUGGAAUAAAUGUUGUCCUUACCGAUUGAGACCAAAUGUGGCGUGAAUCGAUGGAAACACCUCACACAUGCUUCAGCAACGCUAUCAUGCUCACUUUCUUGCUUCUCAAUUUGACUUUGGGAACAGUUGUCGGGGCCGAUACCUAUAACAGAGACGAUUUCCCGGCUGAUUUUGUUUUCGGUUCAGGCACCUCUGCUUACCAGGUGGAAGGAGCUGCUAAUGAAGAAGGAAGAAGUGAUAGCAUUUGGGAUACCUUUGCCCACGCUGGACAUGGGCAUGGAGGAAAUGGAGAUGUAGCCUGUGAUGGGUACCACAAGUAUAACGAAGAUGUGAGGCUAAUGGUGGAUACAGGACUUGAA